UCCUUUUUUUUUCUUUUCUUUUUAUUUCACUUUUAUUUCUUGCUGAUAUUCUCAAUGUCUUAUUCAACGCGUUAUGUUUGACUACUAGGUUAAAUGCAUGAAGUAUUAACCUAGACAGUAGACCCCAAGUGGCUCGUCUUUCAUACUUUGUUUAAAAAAGCACAUAAAUUGCAUACGAUCCAUAGAAUAUCUAUUUUUUUAUAAUAUGGAUUCUUCUUCAAGAAUAGAAGAGACAACGCCUUUACUAUCUCGGGCAACUGGUCAAAUAACCACGAGAUAUAAAAAGAAUUCAUCUAAGCUUAUCUAUGGUUAUGUACUUGGUGUCUUGUUUGCCUUUAUGGCCUUGAUUUAUUCCAUUCGCAGUAAUUUGCCUACACCUCUUUCUGACGUUGAAGCACGCGAAAAGAACGGGUUUGCCGGUAUUCAUUGUUAUAACGAAUACUUGUCACAUUUCAAUGCACCCCAUUCUGCCAACCAAAGAGAAAAUGGCUAUCUCAAAGACUGGAUUGUUAAAUUAGCACAUGAAUUCAAAGCAGAAGCAAACAAUAAUGGUAUUGAGAUGGAUAUCAUUGAUCAAGAUCCAACUGAUAUCGUUACUAAGCGAAACAAAUUCAACACAGGCAAAUACUGGCUAGUAGAAUCACGCAACGUCAUGAUUCGACUCGUAGGACAAUCAAAUAACAAAAACAAAUCUUUUCUUGUCAAUGCUCAUUACGAUAGUGUAUCUACAAGUCAUGGUGUAACUGAUAAUGGUAUGGGCACGGCAGUUGCUCUUGAAUUGCUCCGUUACUUUGUACAACAUCCUUUCAAAAACAUAGUGAUUUUCCUUUUUAAUAACUUUGAAGAAGGUGGUUUGAUUGGUGCUGAUGCGUUUGUACUUCAUCCUUGGUUCUCUACGAUCAAGUUGUUUGUCAAUUUGGAGGGCACAGGUGCUGGUGGUCGAGCUAUUUUGCUUUGUAGUAAUAUUUUGUCUGCUGUUCAAGGGCUGGCCUCUUCAAAUGCUGGCUAUUUACAUGCUUCUCCUUUGGGUAAAGAUUUACUCAAUGCUAAAUUGCUCAAGAGCGAUACAGACUACACUGUGUUUUCUAAAUAUGGUGUUCCUGGUCUUGAUAUUUCAUUUUAUUAUCCUCGAUCCCAUUAUCACACACAAAGAGAUGAUUUGGCACAUACAACUCCCCAGUCUUUGCAACAUAUGGGACAAAUGGCUUUAGGAUCUGUACUUAGUAUUGAUCAAAUCGAGAGCAUCAUACAAAAAGCAGGUAAACCUGAGCCUAUCAUUUACUACGAUAUUCUGGGCCGUGUUAUGCUUGUCUAUAGCUUUUUCACCUGUCAAUUGCUAAAUGUACUGUCACUUGUGCUUAUUCCUUUGGGACUUCUCACUUGGUUCUGGUUCUCUACUGACAAUGGAGGUCAUGUAGACGCCAAGAGAGUGGCAUUAAAACAUAAUCUUUGGCUUAUUGGACAAGGUCUCCUUUCUACUCUCGUUGCUCUUGUCUCUAUGGUUGUGUUUGUUGCUUUCUUUUCUUGGAUCUUAAUGUUGAUCAACCCUUCUGCUACUUAUGGAUCUACUUAUUCUGUCACUGUUUACUUAUUUGCCGUUUCUUUCUUGGGCCUUGUCUUGUCUCAGUGGAUCUUGACCAAACAUUCAUUCAUGUUAGAAGAGAGUUUGAAUACGACACAAGUUGGAUUCUAUGGAUUGACGACGUUUUGGUGGUUGUUGCUUUUAGCAGCAACCAUAUUGGCUACUCAAAAGAUGGCAACUACUUAUUUUGCCAUUUACUUCUUUAUCAGUAGUUCUUUGGCUACUGUAUUACUCACAGGCACUAUGCCUUCCAAAACAGAAGAGGGCAGUGAUGUGGCUAUCAAUGGCAGUCGUUAUUGGUCUUUGGCUUUCUUGAUCCAAGUCUUGUUGCCAGGCACAUUGUUGACUGAAUUCUUAUUUUUGGUGAUUGAUUCAAUGCGUCAUACAAGUGCCGAUGGCACUCCUGAAUGGGCUAUUUAUGGUCUAUUGGCUACUCCAAUUGUGUUGAUUGUCCUUCAUUUAUUGCCUUGGGCUCAAGCUGCUGGUGAAUUACGCACAACCACUUUCUGUGCUUCCAUUGUGUUGAUUGUCCUUCAUUUAUUGCCUUGGGCUCAAGCUGCUGGUGAAUUACGCACAACCACUUUCUGUGCUUCCAUUGUGUUUGUAGUCAUUAUGAUGGUUUGCUUUAUCGCUAGUCACCUAAGACCUAUUUGUAUCUCUUCGAAAGGCGAGAAACUCUUAAGAAAAUUUUCUUCUGCCUGAGCUUUGGGUAUAAUCCUACCCUUUUCAUCAGAGAGACUGUUCCGCUAUACGUCAAAGCAAUACCCUAUCCAGACAACCAAGUUUGGACUUCUUUAGCAUUCUUCAAUGCUCCAGUUCGGACUUUCAUUCGUAGCAAACAAGCCGUAAGAUGACCUACUCUUGAUGGUCUACCGGUACCAGUGCAAGUUUUCAUUUCUGGCAACUCUUUUCUAAUACGAGAAACUGUUGAUUUGGUAACACCUGUUAGU